AUGCCACCUCCUCUCCUCUUCUUCCUCCUUUUCCUUACCCUGGUAGGAGUCAGGUCCCAGAAACCUCUACUGGUGGAGGUAGAAGAGGGAGGCAAUGUUGUGCUGCCAUGCCUCCAGAACUCCUCAGCUGACCCCUCUGAGAAGCUGGCCUGGUAUCGGGGGAACCAGUCAACACCCUUCUUGGACCUAAGCCUAGGAUCCCCAGGCAUGGGCCUGCUGGUGGGGCCUCUGGGCAUCCAGCUACUCAUUGUCAACGUCUCAGACCAGAUGGGGGGCUUCUACCUGUGCCAGCAGAGGUCCCCCUCUGAGGACGCCUGGCAGCCUGCCUGGACAGUGACUGUGGAAGGCAGCGGGGAGCUUUUCCGGUGGAAUGCUUCAGAUUUAGGGGACCUAGACUGUGGCCUGAAGAAUAGGUCCUCAGAGGGCCACAGGCCAUCUUCUGGUCACCAUACCAGGUCCCAGCUAUAUGUGUGGGCCAAAGACCGUCCUAAGAUGUGGAGAACAGAGCCUGUAUGUGCCCCACCAAGGGUCAGCCUGAAUCAGAGCAUCAAACAAGACCUCAUUGUGGCCCCUGGCUCCACACUCUGGCUGUCCUGUGGGGUGCCCCCAGUCCCAGUGGCUAGAGGCCCCAUCUCCUGGAACUAUGUACAUCCCACGAGGCCUAAAAUUUCAUUGCCGAGCCUGAACCUUGAGGAUGAGCUCCCAGUCAGAAAGAUGUGGGUUUUGGGGCCUCUUCUGUCACUGCCCCAGGCCACAGCUCAAGAUUCGGGUACCUAUUACUGUCUCCGAGGCAGCCUGAUCACCAAGAUACAUGUGAAGGUCAUUGCGCAGCCAGUGUUGUGGCGCUGGCUGUUGAAGGAUAAUAGAUGGAUGGUCCCAGUUGUGACGUUAGUUUAUCUCAUCUUCUGUAUGGGUUCCCUAGUGACUUAUCUCUGUCUUCGAAGAGCCCUGAUCCUAAGGAAGAAAAGAAAGCGAAUGACGGACCCUGCCAGAAGAUUCUUCAAAGUGACACCUCCCCCAGGAAACGGGACCCAGAACCAGUAUGGGAAUGUGCUCUCCCUUCCCACACCCACCUCUGGCACUGCACGCGCUCAGCGUUGGGCUGCAGGCCUAGGGAGUGCUGCUCCAUCCUAUGGAAACCCACACAUUGACAUCCAGGAGGCUGGAUCCCUGGGGUCCCAGAGCCACGAAGCAGAAGAAGAAGGAGAGGCCUACGAGGAGCCAGACAGCGAGGAGGCCUCCGAGUUCUAUGAGAACGACUCCAGCAUUGGGCAGGACCAGCUCUCCGGAGAUGGCAGCGGCUAUGAGAACCCCGAAGAUGCACCUUUAGGUCCAGAGGAGGAAGACUCCUUCUCCAAUGCUGAAUCUUACGAAAACGCAGAUGAAGAGCUAGUCCAGCCAGGCGGCAGGACAAUGGACUUUCUGAGCCCCCAUGGAUCUGCGUGGGACCCAAGCCCAGAAGCAACUUCACUUGCAGGGUCCCAGUCCUAUGAGGAUAUGAGAGGGAUCCUGUAUGCAGCCCCUCAGCUCCGCUCGCUUCGGUCUGGUCCCAGUCAUGAGGAAGAUGCAGACUCUUAUGAAAACAUGGAUAAGUCUGAUGAGCCAGAACUGGCAUGGGGAGGAGGAGACCACAUGGGAGCUUGGAGUACCAGAUGA